AUGUUGGGCCAAAGAUUAAUAUUGCGAAGUUCUUAUAGAUUGGCAAUUCCAAAACUGGUAGUUGUGCCAAGAAACUAUUCAACAUCACCAUCUAAUAAUCCAUUCCCGUUGAAUGAUAAAGAACGGAAACAAGCAAAGAAACAAUCACAAUUACCUUGGUAUAAACGAUGGAGUAAUUAUUCCAAUUCCGAACAAUUUCAAAAUAAAACCAUGCCCAAAGUAUAUUUAUGUGCCUUUGUUGUUUCUUUAGUACCAAUGUAUUUUUAUAUGCGAGAUAGAUAUCAUGAAGAUAAACAAUUGAAACAUAUUAAUGCCAAAUAUGCACAAGAUCCUUCAAGUUUAUCUGAAUAUGAAUAUUUAGUAUUAAAAUCAAUGAAUCAUCUGGAGAAAUUACGUCCUUUAGAAUUGAAAAAAUACAAGAUAUAUCAAUUAAUGAGAAAAGAAUUUAGACGGAAAAAUUUAUUUAAUCAAGAAAUGUUUAAUCCAACCCCACAAGAAUUGAAUGAUUGGUAUCAAAAUCAAGUUAAAUAUAAAUCAGCAAGUAAAGUUGUUCCCAUAUUAGUUGAUAAAAUUGAUUCUAAAGAUAAAAUCAAUGUUUCUAAUCCAGCAAUUCAAAAUGCUGAAGAUACUACAGCAUUUUAUGAUUCCAAGGCUAAAGAGUAUGAUGAUGCGGUGAAAUGGGAAGAACGAGGCAUUUUUAUGGGUAGUAAAAGAAAAUGGUUAAUGAGUCAAGCUAAAGGUGAUGUUUUAGAAGUUUCUUGUGGUACAGGGAGAAAUAUUCCUUAUUUAUAUCUUCAGCAAAUUAAUUCAUUAACGUUUAUUGAUUCUGCUCGUAAUAUGGUAGAAGUGACUAAAGAAAAAUUCCAAAAGGCGUUUCCAGAAUUUAAAAAAGUUGCCUUUGCUGUGGGUAAAGCUGAAGAUUUGACUAGUAUUGCUGAAGAUGUUAAAUAUGAUACUAUUGUUGAAGCAUUUGGAUUGUGUUGUCAUGAAGAUCCUGUAAAGGCAUUACAAAAUAUGGCUAAAUUAUUAAAACCAGGUGGGAGAAUAGUAUUAUUGGAACAUGGUAGAAGUAAUUGGGAUUUUAUUAAUAAUCAUUUAGAUUUUAGAAGUGAAAAAAGAAUGGAAACUUGGAAAUGUCGAUGGAAUUUAGAUAUUGGAGAAUUAAUUGAUGAGGCUGGAUUAGAUAUAACCAAAGAGAAAAGAGCUCAUCUUAGUACAACUUGGAUGAUAGUUGUUAAAAAACCAGAAGAUCCAAUUAAUCCUGAUGAAAAGCCAUUUUUAGAUAAACUUUUCGGUAGAGAAUCUAAAAAAGUUCAAAAAUCAUAG